GAGCUGGUCAUGAGCCGUGACUGUACGACCAUCACGAGUAGAAGCCUCUGGUCUGAAUAUCGGAGUCAUUAGAACUGUUAGCAAACCGACUAUAAUAGGCCAUACAUCCCGUAUAGCUCAGCGUCAAGCGCAUCUAAAAGACCUAGUUCAACCAUAACUGCAACGAAAGCCAGAUCUAUCUGACUACGAGCGCCAACUAAUCAAUAAUCUCGGCUCGUUAUUUUCAUUCACAAAUCCAACAUGGUCUUGACAAUCCACCACCUACAGGUCAGUCAGAGCGAAAGAGUCCCUUGGCUCUGUGAAGAACUCGGCAUCGCAUAUGAGCUCGUGCUGCACAAACGCGCACCCAUCUUCUCCCCACAGUCGAUCAAAGAUCUCAAUCCGGUCGGCCAAGCCCCCGUCAUCCAGGACGACUCUCUCAGACUCGCCGAAUCAGCUGCAUGUAUCGAGUACAUAAUCCACAAGUAUGGCGGUGGCCGUCUGUCCCUCGCACCCUCACACAAGGACUACGCCGCCUACCUGUACUGGUUCCACUUCGCAAACGGUACUUUCCAGCCACUGCUGAUGGUGUUCAUGCAGGUCAUGCGACUUGACAAGGAUGGCCAGAUGCUGAAGGGAUACAGCGAUCGGUUUGAGAAUCUGCUGAAGAUUGUGGACCAGAGGCUCGGCGAGACGCAUGCGUAUCUAGCUGGCGAGGAGUUUACGGCUGCUGAUAUCAUGAUUUUGUUUACACUGACGACAAUGAGGUAUUUCUGUGGCUAUGAUCUGACGGAUUAUAAGGGCAUAUUGGAGUAUCUCCAACGAUGUUCGGAUAGAGAAGGAUAUAGGAAUGCGCGUGCGAAAGCGGAUCCGGACUUGGGAUUUGCGAUUGAUGCUGAGGCACCUCGGUCAUUCGUAGAGAGUUUAAAAGAGCAAGGGAAGUUGUAAACUUCAUGUGAAGCAUUUGGUGUCUUUGAAGGACCCUUGUACAGGCUUGAGGAAUGUCUACUUUUUGUCCGAUCUCUCAAUCCGAUCGAGAGAUCUGUCCGGGGUAUGAUACGUAUAGUCUAAGCUUUGGGUUGACUUGGAUUCAAUAAAGCUCAUGACAGAAUUGAAAUACUCGACUU